GGCAACAAGACGCACACUAUGUCCGCGGGGGAUGUGCCCUUAGUGUCAAUGGCCAAGAUGCCGCCGGCCAUUCAGUUCGAGGCCACAAAGGACUUCCACUCCCAUACCCAGCAGCAGGAUUUGGAUGAAGCUUUCCUCGGCAACGAGCGGCGUCCGUGGGUUCGCCAAAAGGCUCACAAGGACACUCGUCGCGAGAGGGAGAUCCUCAACGGCCUGCUGUCCUCCACCAGCGUGGAAACGGACUACGCCAGCACCUGUGUGGACAAACUCAUUGCCGAGAACAUUAGCUACCGGGAUUUGGCCUCUCUCACCGACGAGGAUUUGCAACUCUUCGGGUUCAAGUCGGAAAAGCAACGACAACAGCUCUUAGAUAUGUUCAACAAGAUGCCCAACCAGAAUCCCAGUUACGAAUACAUUUGCAACCAUCCAGAGGCUAAAAACUAUAACAAUCAGAUCCUGGGCAAUGCUAGCAACCACCUUAUGUCCCUGCGUGCCUCCUUGGCAGUCACCAACUACAAGCUGCAGGUCUCCACUCCCGAGGACGUCGUGGUGGGCGACAAACGAUAUGCCAGCUGCUUUGCCCAGGAAACUUUGAAGAGCGUAAAGCAGAUAACCGAGGAGAUUGCCGAGGAUCUCAGGAAAAUCGAAGCUAAUGCCAAGAACGCAAGGAGCCAGAAGAAAACUCAGCCCAACGAGAGCCACAAGAAGAAGAAGUGGAGUCUGCCCACCAUUUUGUACUUCACCACUCUGGCUGUGGGAUUUUCGUGCGCCUGGUUCUGGUGGUGGACCAAGUUCCGCAGCGCUCCCCGAUUGGAGCGGAUCUCCGUUCAGACUUAGAACAAACGCACAACAAAGCAUUUAAUAGUUUCAUUCCCAUUUUCUAAUAGGAUUUAAGUUUAUAGAGUUGUAUUUCUUGGCUAAGCUUUCGCAUAAUCUCAAACUGUAAUGAAGUUUUACUGCCCAACAUAAACAUUUGAUAGAAACAAAGUGUUGCAUUAACAAUUUAAAAA